GCGAAAUCCUCGGCUUGCCGAAUCACAACUCUUUCUUCCCCGCCAAGGAAGCCGGUCGAGCUUCUCCUCGAUAUAUUGCUCUUCGGACGCGGAGAGGCACUGCGAAGCCCUCAUCUCAUCGGUCGUCCGUCUUUUCGCCGUCAUGGCGGGCGCAGUAGACUCCCCGAAAACCCCGGACGAGCACCUCGAGCUCGAUCUCGAUUUCGAUUUCGACAUCGACUAUCUCCUGAAGACCUUCUCCGAUGAGGGCGUCGGCGUCCUCCUUGAUCCCUCCGCUGGCUUAUGUGUGGAUGACUGCCCACCUCCUUCCAAUGUUUCGGAGGAGGACAAAUAUGAUUCACCUUCAGGGGAACCUGAUGGGCCUUCCGAUUCUUUCUCGUCGUACGUGAGCCAUCUGGAGAAGUUCCUCAUGGAGGAGGAAGAAGGGGAAGCCCACGUAGCCGCCAAGGAGGGCUUCGAAGCGGACGAUUUUGUUGCCUGUUUGUUCGCCGAAGCGUCCCGUGACGAGGGAGGCGAGGUCGCCACGCCCGAUUCGGAGGCCAGCAAGAGGAAGGAGAGGGAGGAGGAGGAGGAUGAGGAGGAACCGCCCGUAGCCGCGGACGGCGAGGACGACGAUCCGGUUAACAAGAAGAGGAGAAGGCAGAUGAGGAAUAGGGAUUCUGCCAUGAAAUCAAGGGAGAGAAAGAAGAUGUAUGUGAAGGAACUGGAGAUGAAGAACAAGUAUCUGGAAGCGGAGUGCCGGCGUUUGGAUUAUGUUUUCCGGUGCUGUACAGCGGAGAAUCUGGCACUCCACCAGCGCUUGCAGAAGGAAAGGCUGUAUGAUGCUCCCACAGCUAAGCAGGAGUCUGCUGUACUCUUCAUGGAAUCCCUGCUGUUGGGUUCCCUGUCUUGGCUGGUCAGCAUCGUUUGUCUGUUCCUCGUGCCUGUCCUGCCCAACCUGAGUCCGAAGGACAUAAACCCUCUCGAAAGAGGCCUCGCGGACGAAGUUGUGUCGGCCAAAAAAGUAACAAAUAAGAGAUUGGAGACAAAUUUAAGAUCGGGGUUGGUUGUUUUCAGGAAAAGAUGCAGAGGUAUGAGGACUAGGAUGAAAAACUUGUUUGUUGCUCCUGCAUUCUAUUCAGACUACCUCAUAGUUCCUUAGUUUGCUCAUCAGUAAAUGCUCUCUUGGUUGUUUCUUUAUAAUAAUGUCUUGUAAAAUUUUGUGUCUGUAUUGUUCUUGAAGUGUUCGACGAUAGAUUAGUCGGAAGAUUACUAUUUGCUGUCGUUUGGCUAAUUCUGAUUACCAUAUUUAGCAGCAAUGUUCAGAUAUCAGAAUCUCUAAAGAUAUUUGCAGAAA